AUGGCGGCCGCUGCGUGCGGUAGUCACCGUGCGGCAGGCAACAACACAGGCAGUAAAUCGCAAAAAGAGCACCUGCGGAAAAGUAAAGACUCGCGUCGGAGACAAGCAGCACUCUUGUUCCUCAACAAUAUCUCAUUAGACGGACGGCCCACUUACAACCUAAGCAAUGGGAACCCUAGCCAAAGAGAUAUCGAGUUUAAGGGUCUGGAAGCCGGGGCGCCUGUGGUCCGACUCCCACUGUCGACUACGAGCAGUCAAGGAACCUUCGCCCAUCUGUCAGCCUCAGUCAGCGGAGGCGCCGCUACUCCUGUGCCAAGGACUGGGGCUGUCAACGCACCUCCGAUACUAGUGCUCCCCACGGGCACAGGGUUCAGCGCUGUGGCGGGCAGCGAGGUGUUUCUGGAGGGUGUAAAGACUGACCCGCUGUCGUCCCAAGCAAGUCUUCUCUCCCCGAUCGCAACACCUCAGCAGAUCCCCCCCUUGUUAGCUGCUAGUAAAUCGCCAACCCUGCUCUCCGUUCAGAGCUGUAAUUCUGUGAGUCUGGAGACCCGACAGAGGUUGCGGAACUUGUCGGGCUCCCCAGGGCCGAGGGGAGUGAAUAAGGUUCACUUCAUCAAGAACAUGAGGCAGUACGACACGCGGGGCAGCAGGAUUGUGCUGAUCUGUGCCAAGCGGUCUCUGUGCGCCGCGUUCUCCGUCCUGCCGUACGGCGAGAGCUUUUACCUCAGUGAUCCAAAGCUGGAGGCUCAGAAGCAGAGGCACUCGUCUGGGGGUGGCCCCACCACCCUGGACAUGAGCCCCGGUCUGGAGGGGGUGGAGCUGGGGGCUUAUGGCAAGACGGUGUCGUACGCCAGGUUCCUCUUUCCCACAAACGCUCUGGUUAAGCAGAAGAACCUUCCCGUGGAAGCGAGUGUUGGGACAACCCCGCUGCCCCGGAACAACGUCCCGAGGAACUUCACCACCCCCCGGCUCAGCAACGCCGUUUGCCCAGAUCCUGGUGGCGAUGACCUGUCGGAGUACGACCCCAACUUUCUGAGUGACCCCCAGUGGCCCUGCGGGAAGCACAAGAGGGUGCUGAUCUUCGCCUCCUACAUGACCACUGUGAUUGAGUACGUGAAGCCGUCUGAUCUGAAGAAGGACAUGAAUGAGACAUUUAGAGAGAAGUUUCCACACAUCAAACUGACUCUGAGCAAGAUCAGAAGCCUGAAGAGGGAGAUGCGCGCCGUGAGCGAGGAGUGCGGCCUGCAGCCUGUCACCGUGGCGAUGGCCUGCGUCUACUUUGAGAAGCUGGUGCUGCAGGGUCGGCUCAACAAGCAGAACCGGAAGCUGGUUUCCGCAGCCUGCGUGCUGCUGGCCGCCAAGAUCAGCAGCGACCUCCGCAGGCAGGAGGUCAAACAGCUCAUCGAUAAACUGGAGGAGCGUUUCCGCAUUAACCGGCGUGAGCUGAUCCCUAUGGAGUUCACUGUGCUGGUUGCCCUGGAGAUGGCGCUGUACCUCCCCGAGAGCAAGGUCAUGCCACACUACCGCAGGCUGGUGCAGCAGCCCUGAGCAUGCUGGGCCCGAGAACCAGCUCCACCGCAACCACAGCUCCACCAGUGCCCAUGCAGCAAGGAGAGACCUACACUGUUUCAGCAUUGCACCUGGAGACCCCCGUGUGUUUAAAAGAGAGUCAUUCUCAUGCUCCAGAUAAAUGGGAAUGGUUGUCAACAUCAUUGUCAUAAUCAUCAUGGCAAUGAUAGUGUUUUGUCUUUCUGCACAGACAUUUAGCAAUGGGUAAGUACGGCUUUGUGAACUCCAAAAAGGGUCGAUCUCUUUUGUGUUGCACGGAACUCAUGGAUUCGAAAACAAUCUGAGCCUUUCAUUAGAGUCAGUGAUUGACAGAAUGUGAGAGUUCUACCCUUGAUGGUGUUCAUAAAGCCUUAAUCUCCCAUCGGUAAUGUUCGUAGCAGCCUGUAUCUGUCAAAGAGCACUUCCUCCACCACACAGAGCUGCUUUAUGGGGGCAUCUGUGCUGGUGUGAGCCUGCUGCUCCAGGGGCCAUGUUGUACUCGAAACAAUGAGACACCCCUCACAUGUCAUAAAGGAGAAGCAAAUUACAGCGCCAUUCAGUAAAGAGCUGCAUGAACCCAGCUUGUCCAGUAGGACAUUUUUGGAGGGGAUGUCCUUGGUUCUUCCACAUUUUUUUUUCUCAGCCUGAUGUGCAGGUGCUAGUUUUGUUUCCCUAGAAAAGCAGGCAGA